AUGUCAUUCGCCGAGCGCUUCUGGUCCCACGACUACCAUCUGGGCUUCGAGACGCUCUUCAAUGAACUCUACGAAGGUAUCAAGGAAAACGAUGACUUCAUCCAAUUGUUCACCAAAAGAAUGGACGCUGAACAUGCUUACGGUAGCCAGUUGACCAAUAUGGGCGUGUCAGUAAGGAAAUCCAGCAAGAGACACACAGACAACGACUAUGUAUCUACAAUCAAAAACGGGUACGAAAAGAUAAACGAGAAUUUCGCCAAGCAGGGCCUGCUUCACUUGGAGAUUGCGGGGAGCAUCAAGACGUUGGUGUUGGAGCCAUUUCUGAAGUGGUGUUCUGAGCACGAACAGAGGGUUGCUUACUCUGAACUGGUGGUUCUGGAUAAGUACAAAGCUUUCAAAUCUGCAAAAACUAGCUUAGAGAAGUUGCAGAAGAAGUAUUUCAAUAAGUGCAGAAUGCUUGAAGACUUCAAGGCCCACUAUCCCGAGGAAGAGCUAGAGGAAAUGCUUGAAGAGGCGCAAAACACAUCGUUGAGUGAGCAGUCCAUUCAGGAAGAACAAGGGUAUGAGGAUGAUGAGACCUAUUUUUUUGACAACAAGCCAUGUGACCGUAAAGACGCCAAGGUCCUCUUAUCAAGCAUUCUUUCGAAUAUUGAGUUGACCUCACACAAGGUUCCGAUCUUGGGAACUUACUACAACGUCUCAACUGGAAGCAAGAUAACACAAUGGGUCUUGGACAAUUUGGAAGAUUACAAGGGCAGCAUCGACCGUGCUGAGCAGUUUGGCCAGGAUCUUCUCGACAACGGUUUUAUUCGUCUCAUUGGCUCCAUGAGUGCUCUGAAGAACUUCAUAAACUCGUCUCAAUUCUAUUAUCAGUGGAAGCCUAUUGUAUUCGAGAUAACGAAGCUUUUCGAAUUUGAUCUUUCCCAAUCUAAGAAAUCAGCUAACUACGAUCCAAUCAGCUCCCUGAGCAGCCGUGCAAACCAUUUCGCUGACUAUUUUGAUGACGUCAAACAGGCCAUGGGUGUUACAACAGUGGACUACAAUGACAGAUCUCAAUACGCAAAGCUCGUCAAGGAAGUAGACACGCUUGACUUACAGUACUUCCAAACCACCAAAGAGCUCGAUAGGCUAAGGUGCGAGUUUGAGGAAAUUGUUAUGGACCACUUGACGUUCAUGCACAAGUGCGAGCUCGAUCGUAUGAAAGCAAUCAAAAAGGUCAUGUUCGAUUUUGUUUCCACAUUCUCCAACAGAGUAACUUCCAUGAAGCAAGUUUCCGAGGAAAUGUACGUGGUGGAGGAGACUAUCAAUCCAGUCAAUGAUCUCAAAUUCCUCAUAGAGAACUACGCCACCGGCAAGUUUGAUCCAAAGGUGACGCUUUACGACAAUUACUACAACUCAAAUAUCAAACAGACGUUCGGUGUCGAUCUCAAUGUGAAAGCAAGACUCGAUAGAAAGGCCGUUCCUCUUUUGGUGCAAGGCAUUCUUUCGUACCUUGAUAAUGUGUACCCCGAACUCAAGGAUGAUGAUGAGAGAACCAACUUGUGGACUCAUCCUGUGCACUUAUCCAAAGUGCACAAGGUUCGUUUCCAACUCAAUGAGCUUACUGAAAUGUCAAAGAUACAAGAGGUUUUGAAGGCAUCAGAUCCAAUUGUCAUCACCAAUGUGUUCAAGCUCUACUUCCUCGAAUUACCGGACUCGAUUGUUCCUCACAGCUACUUCGACUUGAUUAAGACUUUAUAUCUGAGCUAUCCAGUCGGCAGUGACGAUGAAAACAUCGAAAAAACUAGAGUUAAUGGCUUGCAGAAUACUAUCUCUGAACUACCUGUGAGCAACUUGGCCACUCUAGAUGCCAUUUUGACUCACUUCAACCGUCUCGUCAACAUCAUUGGCUCAAAAAACAAAACUCUAGGGUCAGAAUUAAGAGGAAGGAUUUGUAAAGAAUUCGGCUCUCUACUCUUAAGACCAAAGGAGGAUGGAAGUGGCUUGUCCGACAGUCGAAUUUCUCACAGUGCUGCCACUGAGUUGCUCCAGCAGCACUUCAUCGAGGAUCUUUUCAAGCAUAAGGAUACGAUUUUUGGUGAGUUGAGAAGAAGGAGCUCAAACAAAUCCAGUGUUCUGAGAGACGGCUCCAAGCAUAAGCUGAGCAAAGCAGAAUCAUCGACACCAAAGGCGGCUGUUGUCGCCUCGUCCAAAUCGAGAUUAGAGAGUCGAUUGAAGAGAGCAGUGAGUAAAGCAACACACGAGAAAGAAAGUGAUGAAAACAAGGAGAAUAACGCCCAAGGUUCAAAUUCGGAGCCACCCAAAACCCCCACCAAGACUACGAAGGGCUUGAAGCGGUCAACAUCUCCCAACAAGAAGAAGCUUAAUAGCCUCUUGACGGAAAAGCCAACAUCAAAUCAAAAGACGGCCAAAAAACUCUCUAGAACACAAUCUUCCGACUCAUCGGAGUUCGCUUCCGCCGCAUCAGAGACGGAAUCGGGUCGCCAGAGUCUUUCUAAAGAUGAGGAGGACGCUCCUCCCUUGGUACCUCCAAAAUCGAGGUCCCCCAAGAAGAACAAUGACGACGUUAUCGUUGUCGAGUAA